AUGUACUGCCUGGUAUAUUCGAAUGCUAGUGACGUCAAGGGCACUACUACGGUCGACUGCAACCAUGCCUACUGGCUUGCGAGAUUCUACGGCGACGAGGGGUUGACGGCGACCGCUGUUAUCAAGCAGAUGGAAGCAUUCACAGAUCGUCUUUCUAACAAGAUGCGCAUGGGCUUCCUCAACAAACCCGAGGCCGUGCUCGGCCAAGCCCUCCAGACGAGGCUAUGCUCGAGAAUUCAGUACAGCUGGCUGGCUUUCCCAGCGGUGCUCGUGGUUGCUACGAAUGGGUUGCUUGCAUGGACCAUGUACCAGGGUUCUCGGCGUCAAGGCCGCGUGAUGGUCUGGAAGACCUCGAUCCUGCCCUUACUGUUCUACAGCCAGCGAUUUGUUGUCCAGACUGCAGGGGACGUUUCGGAUGGCCCACCAGAGCCGUUGCAAAGAGACGAGAGUGCUAGGGAGCCACUUCUGGAUCUCGACCAGAUGGAGGCGGAAGCGAGGCAACGAAAGGUACGCUUCGAGGUGUUUCACUGA